CUUCUUUUUUUGGUUUUUUCAGCCUCAGUUUCUGAACAAUAUGGUAGUCAUCAGCCAGUGACGGUGCAAAAAGAUAAACUGCUCGGUGGCCUUCUUCCUGCUGGAAUUGAUGAAAGAUCUUGUCUGAGUAGAUAUGAGUCAGCUUUAUAUUACAAAGAACUGCGUCACAAGCCAUCGUCUUACCUCAUCUCAAGGUUACGAAACUACGAGGCUCUUCAUAAGCAAUGUGGACAUACAGAAUUAUACAACAAAAGUGUCGAGCUUAUCAAGUCUGGUCAAUACAUAUCAGGUUCUGCAGAUUGUAAUUACUUUGUUUGGAUUUCCUAUAGUGGUUUAGGAAACAGGAUACUAACCUUAGCUUCUGCUUUCCUAUAUGCUCUUCUAACAAACCGAGUCUUACUUGUUGAUCCUGGAGUUAAUAUGCCUGGUCUCUUCUGUGAACCUUUUCCUGAGGUUUCCUGGUUUCUACCUCCAGAUUUUCCUAUAAUCAAUCAGUUCAGUACCUUUGAUCAGAAAUCUCCUCAUUCCUAUGGUUAUAUGGUGAAGAAUGAUAUCAACAUAGGCAAUUAUUCAACUGGCUCAAUACUACCUCCUUCCGUCUACCUCUAUUUAGCUCAUGACUACGAUGAUCAAGAUAAAUUAUUUUUCUGUGACCAGGACCAAAGUUUUCUCCGCAAAAUCCCUUGGCUUGUCAUGAAAUCGGAUGAAUAUUUCGUGCCUUUUCUUUUCUUGAUACCAUCGUUCGAGCAAGAAUUAAGUAAUCUUUUUCCUGAAAAAGAAACCAUCUUCCAUUUUCUAGGUAGAUACCUGUUACAUCCCACAAAUUCUGUAUGGGGGCUUGUUGUGAGAUACUAUCAAGCUUAUUUAGCCCAAGCUGAUGAAAAAUUAGGCAUUCAAAUUAGAGUCCUUGAAUCAGAUGUUGGUCCUUUAAAGUAUGUAUUGGAUCUAUUAGAUUGUACAAUGAAGGAGAAUCUACUGCCACAAAUUAACUCGGGGAAGCCAAUAGUACUCAACCCAUCGGGGAACAUGCAGAAUAAGAACAUAGCCGUCCUGAUGACUUCUCUAAGCCCUGGAUACGCUGAAGAGUUCCGAAACAAGUAUUGGGAGCAUCCUACCGUGACAGGAGAGAUCGUUGGUGUUUACCAGCCGAGUCAGGAGAAAUAUCAGCAAAGUGAAAAUCUCAUGCACGAAAGAAAAGCGUUGGCAGAAAUGUAUCUACUGAGUUUAACUGACAAAUUGGUUACAAGUGCACGGUCCACUUUUGGUUAUGUGGCUCAGGGUCUUGGAGGUAUGAAGCCCUGGAUCCUAUACAAGCCUGAGAACAAGACAGCCCAUAAUCCGCCUUGUGUUCGAGCUGCAUCGUUGGAGCCAUGUUUUCAUGCCCCGCCUUACUAUGAUUGCAAAAAGAAAACGGGAACAGAUACGAGCAAAAUUGUUCCUCAUGUGAGGCACUGCGAGGAUGUGAGCUGGGGCUUAAAGCUAUUUGACCAAAAUGGUGAAUUAUAACCAUGUAGCUGUGUAGGUUAUUG